AUGGUUAAUAUGUUGUCUGUAAAAGACAGAAUUAAAUCUUUUAAAAUAUAUACCAAUAUUGAAGAAUGUAUCAAUUAUAUUCGAUCAUUAGCGGAUGAUGUUCAAUUAUUCCUUAUUUUAUCCAAACUCAAUAAUGAUUUACCGAUACAAACAAUAAUUAAUUUAAUAAACAUUCAUUUUAUAUACAUACUUCACAUGGAACAAAGUAUAAGUUCACCACGAAAGGAAUUAUCUAACAAAAUUCAUGGUAUUUAUUUUAAUAUCGAUGAUUUAUGUGAUCAAUUAUUAAGAGAUUAUUCUCGUACUUUAAAAAUGUCAGCUAGUAUUUUUAAUAAAGAUAAAAAAGAAAGAACCGUUCGAAAUUUGCAUGAAGAUAAUGCUCGAUUUUUAUGGUUACCAUUGUUAGUUGAUAUUCUUGUACAAAUACCACAUAAUAAUCAAUCAAGUAAAAAAAGCUAUUGA